GCGGCGGGGCGGACGCCCGCCCUCAGCGUCGGCGCGCAGGGGGCCGGCAGCGGCCGGGGCUGGGCGCUGGAGCCGCCGCGGCAGCAGAAAGAUGGAUGCGCCGCAGCCGUCCUUCGCCGCUCAGCAUCCUCCCCUGUCCGCGGCACGGGCUUCCAAAGCAGCUGAGGACAGAACCUUAAGCAGUGCCAUGCAGUAAGUGCUAAACAAACUAGCACAGAAAGGAUCAAAAAAUAUGGCAGUCCGUAUUUGAAAUAAUUAAAUAUAUGGACUCUCACUGAUAAGAAAUCAUGUCAAAGAAAGGACGUAGCAAGGGCGAAAAGCCUGAGGCACUGAUUGUAGCCCUACAGGCUGCCAAUGAGGAACUCAGGACCAAGCUAACAGACAUUCAAAUUGAGCUGCAUCAGGAGAAAUCUAAGAUUGCUAAACUUGAAAGAGAGAAGACUCAAGAAACAAAACGUAUCCGUGAAGUGGAGCAGCGCAAGCAGACUGUGCUUAUCACUGAGCUAAAAGCCAAGCUCCAUGAGGAGAAAAUGAAGGAGCUUCAGGCUGUGAGGGAGAACCUCAUCAAACAGCAUGAGCAGGAGAUGGCACGGAUGGUGAAAGUCCGAGACAGCGAAAUCCAGCGUCUCAAGUCAGCGUUGUGUGCACUGCGGGAUGGUAGCAGCGAUAAAGUAAGGACAGCGCUGACUAUUGAGGCUCGUGAGGAGGCCAGAAAACAGUUCGACUCAGAGCGCCUUAAGCUUCUGCAGGAAAUUACUGAACUUAAGUCUGCCAAAAAGCAGGUAGAUGAGGCCUUGAAUAAUAUGAUCCAGGCUGACAAGAUCAAAGCAGGUGAUCUUCGAAGUGAGCACCAGUCCCACCAGGAAGCCAUUUCUAAGAUCAAGUGGGAGAGUGAGAGGGAUAUUCGCCGCCUGAUGGACGAGAUCAAGGCUAAAGAUAGGAUCAUAUUUUCCUUGGAGAAAGAACUGGAGACACAGACAGGCUAUGUGCAGAAGUUGCAGCUGCAAAAAGAAGCUCUGGAUGAACAGCUUUUCCUGGUGAAGGAGGCAGAGUGUAACAUGAGCAGUCCCAAGAGGGAGAUCCCAGGAAGGGCUGGAGAUGGCUCAGAGCACUGCAGCAGCCCUGAUUUGCGCAGGAACCAGAAGAGGAUAGCUGAGUUGAAUGCCACAAUCCGGAAACUGGAAGACAGGAACACUUUGUUGGUCGAUGAACGAAAUGAACUGCUGAAGCGUGUCCGAGAAGCUGAAAAACAAUGUAAACCUCUCCUGGAAAAGAAUAAGUGCCUCACAAAGAGAAAUGAUGAACUGAUGCAGUCCUUACAGCGCAUAGAAGAUAAACUCAAAGCAGUCACUAAAGAAAAUAUAGAAAUGAGAGAAAAAAUGACAUCACAUCCUCCUCUAAAGAAACUAAAGUCUCUCAAUGACCUGGAUCAGGCUAAUGAGGAGCAAGAAACAGAAUUUUUAAAACUUCAAGUCAUAGAACAACAGAAUAUAAUUGAUGAGUUAACAAGGGACAGGGAAAAACUCAUUCGUCGCAGAAGGAGUAAAAGGAGUUCAAAACCAAUUAAGAGACAUGUGAUAGACACAGUUUUGGGGUAUGAUGAUGAUUCCAUGGACUCUGAAACAUCCUCUGUGGCCUCAUAUAGGACAGACAGAACACCAGCAACUCCAGAUGAUGAUCUGGAUGAGAGUUUAGCUGCAGAAGAAUCAGAGCUGCGGUUUCGACAGCUGACAAAGGAGUAUCAGGCCCUGCAGAGAGCUUAUGCACUGCUGCAAGAGCAAACAGGAGGCAUCAUAGAUGCUGAAAGAGAAGCCAAGGCUCAGGAGCAGCUCCAAGCUGAAGUCCAGAGAUACAAAGCCAAAAUAGAAGAUCUGGAGAAAACUCUAGCGCAAAAAGGACAGGACUCUCAUUGGGUGGAAGACAAACAGCUUUUCAUUAAGAGGAAUCAAGAGCUUUUAGACAAGAUAGAGAAACUGGAAGCAGAAAACAGCCGUCUGCAACAGGAACUGCAGGAUGCCCGGGACCAGAAUGAGUUGCUGGAGUUCCGCAACCUGGAGCUGGAGGAAAGAGAGAGACGGUCCCCACCAUUUAAUCUUCAGAUUCACCCAUUCUCAGAUGGUGUGAGCGCUUUACAGAUAUACUGCAUGAAGGAAGGGGUUAAGGAUGUCAGCAUCCCAGACCUCAUAAAGCAAUUAGACAUCCUAGGGGAUAAUGGGAAUUUAAGAAAUGAAGAACAAGUCGCCAUAAUUCAGGCUUCCACUGUAUUGUCUUUGGCUGAAAAGUGGAUUCAGCAGAUUGAGGGAGCUGAGGCUGCUCUGCACCAGAAGAUGAUGGAACUGGAAAGUGAUAUGGAACAAUUUUGCAAAAUAAAAGGUUAUUUGGAGGAAGAACUAGACUACAGGAAGCAAGCUCUUGACCAGGCAUACAUGAGGAUCCAGGAGCUUGAGGCCACCUUGUACAAUGCUUUGCAGCAAGAAACAGUGAUAAAGUUUGGGGAACUGCUCACUGAAAAACAGCAGGAAGAGCUCAGGACGGCAGUAGAAAAGCUAAGACGCCAGAUGCUGAGGAAAAGCAGAGAAUAUGAUUGCCAGAUUCUUCAGGAGAGGAUGGAGCUUCUCCAGCAGGCUCAUCAGAGGAUCCGAGAUUUAGAAGAUAAAACUGACAUCCAAAAGAGACAAAUUAAGGAUCUGGAGGAAAAGAGAUGUUUAAUGCCCGUCUGGAGUCUGUUCGGCGGUGUGGGUGGUGGAGCCCCUCCCAGGCUGCUGAGACGCAGAGAGCCGCCGGCCGGCAGGGGGCGCUGCCGCCCUGUGCACCGCCGUCAAGGGGCCGCUCAGGUGGCCAUACAGACCUGUAACAAAAGGGAAACGUUUGCGUUGCAGUUGUGGCACGCAGCCGAGCAGAGCUGUGCGCGUUGUGCAGCCUCUUAUCCUCAGAUAAAACAGGCUUUGGUGAGUGAGGAACUGCGCUGUGUUACGGCUUCAGCAGUCGGGGCAGCACCACCAAUGUUCGUCGCUUCUCUGUGUGCACGUUGUGCACCUUGCAGGGUUCUGUCUCUCUCCGCACCCAUUUGGAGAGCAGUCUUUAAUCGUGUGGGAGGCUGUCGGGACGUACCAAACCCGCGCGGCUGGAAGUGUGUCAUCUGCUGUGCUGAGGGGCUGCGUUCAAAACAUGGUGGGAAGAUACACUGCAGAGCCCCAUCCGUGCCUGGACAGAGCAGCACCGCAGCCUGUGCCGCGCUGACACGAGGCCGCCGUGCAAUGACUGCCGCAGCACACGGCCACCAAUGGGCCGCUGUGCACAACAAAGGAAAUCCUGCAAAAAAGCGGUCAGAAGCCUGUGGCAGCUCUGGGACCAGACAUACAGUGAUUCCAGCACAACAGAUGGAGACUUUAGAAUAGGGAGCCACUAAUCUAUGGAUUACUGAGUCCCUAAUUACAGGCUGACACUUACCAUUUCUGAGUGGAGCUGCCAGCCCAGGGAGGAAUCUUGCAAAUCAGCGUUCAACAGCAGAAUGCAAUGUAUAGAGAGCUGAGGAAGGAAUCAGAUGUUCUCCCCAUGCCACCAUGUCAGCUUCUUACACAUUGUGUCUCUGAAUGCUGCAUACAGUUCUGGGGCAUUGCAGAUGUUGAAAACAAGGAUAGCAGAGCUGGGAAAGGUCCAGAAACAUCUGCAUGUGUGAUCAAAGGCAUGGCCUAUAGCUGUAUCCAGCCCUAAGUGACAGGUACCUCCUUGAGGGUCAAACAUAAAUCAUGCACACGUUUCUAAGUAUAAACAGCUCAGCCUGUAAGGACAGAUAACAAACAGUUUUUCAUCAACUCCAACCUUGAACUUCUCAUUAAUCCUAAUACUAAUCCCAGUAUGGCCCUACCCUGCAGACUCCCAGCCUUAGAACAGACAAAAGCUUGUUUUUCCUUUAUACUUUGUUCUUCAUUCUGAUGCAGUCAGUCAUAGAGCAAGUCAUAAAACAAGAUCCACGGAUCCCACAAAACUAAAAAUAUUAACUCUAACGCUGCACAUAACUGAAAUCAUUACAGCCUAGGACAUGAAUGAAAGCGAUCAAGCAACCAAGCAGAAACCCCACUGUCAUUGGCAUGGGCCAGGCAAGGGCUACCAACGAACUGUCACCAGCUCUUUUAUUCCAGAUCUCUGAUCCUAAGGGUAACCCUACCCUAAACUGUCCACAUCCUAGCGGCAUCCUUUAUUUCCAGAUUUAACCUCUUGAUAGUAGCAGGGUUUCAAAAAAGCUUUAGCACAGAUGAAAUUGAGCAGCACUUUGAGUGCAGAAGUCCUAACUGAGGUGCAGCCACUCACCCUGCCUCUCGUUGUAUUCAGGCUAAUGGAAACUCAGUUAUUUAUGUCUGGCCUUAUCCUACAGCAAUCUACAUAGUAAAAUGGAGACAUGAGCUAACUCUGCAGUCAGCACUAAACUGAACUCCUGCCCUAACCUGCACCCUAAUGUUAUGUGUGUCCCAAAUUCCUUGACUGCCUCAGACACAGGAAAAACACUCACCAGUCAAGCAUGGGCUCUCAUCAGUAUUUGAGACAUGAGAGUGUAUGAGGAGCAGGAAAUUCAAGCCCUUCAACUUUGUGGUACGCUGUCUGUACUCAUGCCUCAAGGACACCUGCCAUCCACAGACAUAAAUGUAUGGCAAAUGCAGAGAUUAGUAACAUAAACCUGGGAUCUGGAGAGAUGCAGCCAUCAAAUUAGCUUUUCAGUGCUUCCAGUCAGAAAUGCUGAUUUAACAAUGUCUGACGUAAUUACCCAUACUGUCUCUAGGCUGGUAGGAUACCAGUCACUGCACUCCAGACACCUGCAGCAAAUACUCUGUUCCUGGGUCCUUGCAAAGCUAAACCCUGCCCAUGAUGUGCACUGCCCGUCUCAGUGCAUUAACUCCCCAGAUCACAUGAGCUAAGAGCCAGACAAGGCCCACAGCUUCUGUCUGACCACAGGCACACCUCCCAGCACCUCCAGCUUCCUGCAACCAUCACAGAGAUCCUCCAGCACUGCAGCUCAGCCCCAGCCAUGCAGUGCUGUGCCUAUGGGCUAAGGAAGGUUGUGCUCUGGUCUGUGCUCUCCGUUGCCUUUCUGCUUCCCAUAGGGCACAGGUGUUUUAGUGUUAGUUUGUCUGGUGUUGGUUCAGCUACAUCUGGACUGAAAGGUUUUCAUGGGAUCUGGCCUUCAAAAUAGAAAUGUUUUGGAGUGUGUGCUGUCCAGUAAACUUACGCGGUGUGGGCAACGGAACACAGUGGGUUAAUGGGUUGAAUGCAAUAUUGCAUUUAACAGCAGCAUGAUUAUCAACAGCAUAAUUAUUUUGGAGCAAAAAUAACUCUGAUUUGGAAAGAAAGUGAACCAUUUUCAAAAUUGAGAGGAGGUGAUUUGUACAAAUAGAAUUAAUUCAUGGUUUACUAGGAAAACUCCGAACAGUGUAACAUUUGGCUUAGAUUUAAGGCUAGGAAUAAUGAAAUUGCAAUCUUGUUGCUUAAAUUAAUGUAGAUCCUGACUGAUAAUACACAGUUACCAUAUCACCUCUAUAAGUAGGUAACCAUAUUCUCCCCUCACUACAGGCAGAAUGAUUUAUAAAUAUCAGCUCAACUGCCAAACACCAUUGUGUAUCCUGGGUGCAUUUCCUACAGGUGGAUGUCUAUGUUGUUCAAUACAUCUGUGAGCAUCUUCAUCAAAUAACCCCAACCUGGAGCUUCCUUGUUGAAUAUCUACAGAUAAUUGAAAUUGGACCUGCGUAGUAAUUACAAAUCCUCCUCCAUCUGUGUCUAUUUGUCUGUUUUCUUCUAGAUUAGAUGGGAACGUGUAUAGCAAACCAGAAAGAAAGUUUGUAUUUCAAACUGUA